AGAGGAGGAGGUGGAGGAGACGGAGAGAGAGAGAGAGGUGUGAGGGAGAGAAGAAGGAGAAGACCGCGAAGGCUGGAGCUUGGAUCCGAGGAGAGAAACAAAGCUGCCGGCGUGUGGUGGUGCCGAAUGUCGAUGGCCUGCCACGACCUGCACGUGACCACGGCGCUGGCUCUGCUGUGCGGUCUGGCUUCUGCCGGCGCCCUGCUGGGGGCUACCCUCCUGCCCCAGUGGAGGGUCCAGCGCCUGCAGUCCCCCAACCGCAACGACCGUAACGUCACCGUGUCGGAUGGGCUGUGGAGCCGGUGCGUGCGCUUCGAGGGCUCCGGCAUCGGCGGCUGCUCCCUGGACGAUCCCACGUGGUACCGGACCCUGGACCAGCUAGACCUGAGGCUGCUGCAGUUUGCCUUGCCUGUUUCCUUGCUGGCCGCUUGCUCUGCCAGCCUCCUGUGCCUGCUGGGCAUGUGCCAUGGGGCUUGCAGCUCCAAGAUCCGCAGCGUGGACCUGGUGAAGUGCCUGGUGAACGCGGCAGGCUGCCAGCUGGUAGCCGGCACGCUCUACCUGCUGGCGGCGGCCCUGGUCUGCGCGCCGUCCCUCUGGCUGCUCUUCCACACGGCCGAGCUGAGCCGCCGUCACCCCUCCUCCUGGAGCCCCGGCCUGGCCGCCUUCCUGGCUCUGGGCAGCGGUGCCGGCCUCCUGCUGGCCUCGGGCCUGCUCUUCCUGUGGUACUGCACCUGCCGCCCGCUGCCCCCACCCUUCUGGCAGCCGCUGGGCUCCUACCCCGAGAGCCUGCAGACGCACAGCGUGGGGCCCUACUCCCGGCGCUCGCGCCUCUCCACCCUGGAGAUCGAUAUCCCCAUCGUUCCCCAGCAGCUCCACUGAGGGGACAGGAGAGGGUCCUGCAGUGGCGGAGAGA